AUCACCAUGUUCUCUGACACAACAAACAGAGAAGGAAGAUCUGCCCUGCCCAUCCAGCACAGCGCUUUCAGGCUUGUGUUUUUUAGCUGGAACUCCACCCCGUGCUGGUGGAGAAGGGAUCGGUUCCCACUGAUCACAGGAAAGGGAGGUCACGGGGUUUGCUUGAUUAAAUCACCACAAGCCAAAAGGUUCUCUCUCUCGCUUACUGAGAAUUGCUUACAGGCUGUUUAAUUUGUUCCAAAAAGAAAAGCAAAACAAAAAAAAAACAAACCCCGAGCCCAACAACCAAGAGCACACACGGAAAAACAGGUGUGUCUCCAGCUCUUGGGGAAACAAAGGGCAGAGACUGAGGCAGGAGUUGACACUUGGAUGGGGAGUUUCCUUCCCAGCACAGGAGGACAAGUUUGGAAAAGACUCGGACCCGACCAGCACUUGUUGUCCUACAGGUCAGUAUCCAGGUGAAGUCUCACUGCAGAACUACCUUUAGUGAGAAACCCUGACAAAUCCCUGCUGGAUACUCGUGUCAGUGACAUCAACUAUAUUGCUUGGCUAUAAGCUCAUUGCUGUCCUCUAUCCUUUCACAAGGUUGUACAGCAGUCACUGGACAAAAUGCCAUCCCCAAUUACUGCAGGUCUCCACUGCCUAUUUCUACUGGUCACAGCAUGUUGCCAGACAUCACAGGACUCAAACUUUCAUCCAUUCAUCCAAUACAUAACUGACAGCGUGCUAGGAGAGGAAAGCUUCCAGUCAGAGAUGCAAAGGCAGAAGCGAAACGUACUUAUUUUUGACCUUCGCCCUCUAGAGUACACCGUUGACAUUGAAGUAAGCCUUAUGGAUUCAUGUUUUCUGGAGCCAGUCAAAGAGUAUUUCAAAAAACUUAGUCUUCCAAUUUCAACAAAUAUUUCAAAUGUAGAAAUGACAGUUUCAAAGAUCGACAUUACAACAGUCUGUCUGCUCAGCGGUGAGAACAAGAGCUGUUGUUCUUGUGAAAAAGGAUAUGCCUGGCCAAGUGCAGUGUGCGGUGACUUGAUAACCUGCCCUUCUGUCAGCCUAGCACCCGACCUGCCCUGCAGCUACGUGAUGGAAAAGCCUUUUUGCGGGCCUUACUGUGAGCCUCAGACUGAAGACUUAUGUGCUAUUGGAGAGCCCAUUAUAAUGAAUAUGUCAGUCAGGCUGAAUAAGUCAAGCACAGUCUAUUGGCAUAAUCUCACGGAUCCUUCUUCUGAAUCAUACAAAAAAUACAAAGCUGACCUUGAAAAAGCGUUUAAUGCUAGCUACAGAUGUUUACCAGGCUUUGUAUCAGCAACAGUAACUGGCUUCAGGCCUGGAAGUGUUUUUGUGAACUAUGAAGUAAAAGCAGGAGCAGCAAGCUUCGAUCAGAUAGCAAAUUCCAACAAAAUUGUACCACAGUUUCUAGAUGCAUGGUACCAGCUAGACCAAGCUACCUUCACAAUGAAAAUAACUGAUCAAACAAACUUCACUGUGAGUCCUGUUGACAUUUUUGAAGGGGAUACAGUAAGACUGACAUGUCAGAUAAAUUCAACAUCUCAGAAUGUGACUUGGUAUUACAGAGAUCAGAUCAUCUCAACCGGCUUGCAGUAUUCGAUAAACGUUUCAACAAAAACCUCAUGGUCAACUCUUGAAAUUAUCAACAUUACAAUGAAGGAUAAUGGUACCUAUGGGUGCUCUUUCACAAAGAGCAAUAAUUUUCACACACUGAUCUACAAGGCCACAAAACCAAUAGUAGUCUCUCCACUACACAUCACUCCGAACGUAAACAACAUGAGUGUUGUAUGCAACAGCCCUGAAGUGCAGACAAACAGUCCUCUGCUGUCCUGCUGUAUUGACAGACACAUACCAUCACUUACCGGUGACUGGAAAGUAAAUGGAGCAAUCAAUAUUACAGGAGUCUCCAUUUUCCGUGGAAACUGCACUGAAUACAAGCUCAACAUCAAUGAGUCGGUAUGCCCACCUGAGAUGUCAGGUACAGUGACAACAUAUACAUGUGAGCUGCGGACUGGACAUGGUGCCAGGCACAGUCAAAACAUCAGCGUAAUGUACCUCCAGGCAGCCAGAGUAACAAUAUCUUCAAGUAUAAACUCAUUCAUUUCCGAGGGACAUCCAUUCAAUCUGACGUGUGAAAGUGAUAUGAGCAAUUACGACAGUAUCAGUUGGAAAAUCCGGUCUGCAGAUAGAAUAAAAACGGUGGACUGUGAUACGUGCAUCAAGAAUAGCAACUUUUCAGCCAUGUCUGUGCUCACAGUGCAGACUGCCACACAGGACUGGAACGGCACCUACAUCUGCACCUUCUCCCAGAAGUACUUGGAGAGUUCUGCCAAUGUGACAAUCGAGGUUAUUUCCUUGCCUCUGAAGCAGAACAUCCUGAUAAAACCCAUUGCAGCAUCGAUACCCUGCGAAGUACAACAAGCCCUUGAAUGCUGCAUAAGUGCUGACACCGCGGAAAAUUACAGUGUUACAUUUGUGGUUCAAGAAAAUAAAUUUAAAGUUGGGAAAAAUUUAAAAAGAAAUUUGAAUUGCUACGUGCACAAUUACAGAGAAAUAGAAUGCAGCAAAGAGAAAAAGCUCAUGGCAUAUUGCAAGUUUAUGAACCACAUUGGACAGCAAGUCAACAGUGAAAAUAUAACUCUGCACCUGAUACCUGGUAAGGAAGUUUCCUGCUCAGACAGCCUUGGCAUUGGAGUAGAAGGGGCCACGUUAAUAAUGCCAUGUACGUUAAAUAAUUCAGAUUAUUCAGGCACCCGAGGCAAUGCAACUUACAAGUGCUCCAACAAGGAAUGGAAACUUGCAAGGAAUGACUGCCUGUCUGAAACAAUAAGCAACCUGCUGACUCAGGCCGAGUCCUUGGUCAACAGUCCUGAUGCAAAAGCACGCCUACCUGCAUACCUUGAAGAGCUUAAGAAAAAGACAGAAAGUCAGCAAAACAUAAUAAACACUUCUCCUGCAAACCUAGGUGCAAUUGUUAACAUCCUGUAUAUGGUGUCCUCUAUCCCAGCAUGUGCAAAGGAGCUCGUAAUUGAAAAUUUCCUCUCCACAAUGGACUUUAUUGUUGCUGAUUCCACAGCUGGAGUUUGGGAAGACCUGAAUAAAGAGGACAUACCCAAAAGUUCUUUGUUACUGCAGUCGGUAGAAAAUUUUGCCCAGCUCCUCCAACCAGUUAAUAAUGCCAUUCCUUCUGUCUUUGCAAACUCCCUUCAGCUACAAGGUAUAGUGGUCACAGAAAAUAACAACUCUUGUUAUAACAAGAGCUUCCACAGUACAGAAAACCUCGCAGCUAGCGUGUUCAUUGGUGAAAAUGAGAUACAGACUCUACCCCAAAAUUCAACCGUUGUCAGUGUGAUGUACUCAACACUUGGAAAUAUUCUGCCCCGGAAUGGGACCAAGUGUGUGAACAGCUUACUGAUAACAACAACUGUGAGCAGCAACAGAAGUCAGAAGUUCAAUAUUAAUAUGACAUUUGCAAAGAAAAACUCAUCUCUAAAGAUGCCCCAAUGUGUCUUUUGGAACUUCGCACUGAACAAACGUAGGGUGCGCUGGGAUACUCAUGGUUGCACGCCCACAGAGGGAGAAGAUUAUGUCAUUUGCUACUGCAGUCACUUGACAUCAUUCUCCAUUCUGAUGUCACCUGAUAAACCCUCCCAGGCAAUUUAUAUGCCUGCACUUUAUAUUACCUACAUUGGCUUGGCCAUUUCAAUCUUGAGUUUGGUGGCCUGCAUUAUAAUUGAAUCCUUAGUCUGGAAAUACGUGACAAACAACACAACCUCCUAUAUGCGCCACAUCUGUAUACUCAACAUAGCUACAUCACUCUUGAUUGCUGACAUUUGGUUCAUUGUCACUGCCUCCAUCAAUGACCAAAACCAACAGAUGAGCAGAGGCAUCUGUUUUGUGGCCACCUUUUUCAUCCAUUUAUUCUACCUGUGUGUCCUUUUCUGGAUGCUCAGCCUGGGCCUCAUUCUUUUCUACAGACUGGUCUUCAUCCUACAUAACACAAGCAAGACCGCUCAGAAAGCGGUGGCAUUCUGCCUGGGAUACGGGUGCCCCUUUGUCAUUGCAGUCAUCACCAUCGCUGUCACACUGCCAAGGAGCAGUUACACCAGAAAGGAUGUCUGUUGGCUCAACUGGAAGGACAGCAAAGCUUUCUUGGCCUUCGCCAUACCUGCCCUGAUCAUUGUGGCCACGAAUUUGUUCAUCACUGCAGUUGUUAUAAUAAAAAUACUGAGGCCAACUAUUGGGGAUAGGUCAAACAAGCAGGAGAGGAACUCGUUGUUUCAGAUUGGCAAAAGUGUGGCCAUCCUGACACCACUGUUAGGCCUCACCUGGGGAUUUGGCCUUGCCACCGUCAUCAAAAACAGCCAUGAAGCUUUCCACAUCCUCUUUGUUCUGCUGAAUGCUCUGCAGGGGUUAUUCAUUUUGGUGUUUGGGACACUCUGGGACAAGAAGAUACAAGAAGGCCUGCUGAAGAGGAAUUCAAUGUCCAAAUGGAGUUCACAGCAAACAAAGUCAAGCUCCCUGAUCCUGGUGACACCAAUGCUUGCCAUGAGCUAUCCAUUUUCAAGAACCUUUAACAACUUAUGUGGGAAAACAGGAAAAUACAGAGUAUCUUCUUCAGAGCCAUCCAGCUCUUCCUCUGAAAACACUUCCAAGUCAUAUUCUUUGCUUAACUGAGGCACUGCAAAUGCUAAAUUAUAUAACUCUGAAAGGACCUCUGCCCUUUCCAAGACAAACAUGAAAAGUACCUGUGAGUCAUCAAGAAGUGAACUGCUUCAUUUUGACUAAACUGUGCCUUGGUGCAUUCUUCUGGAAUAAUCAUUUCUGGUUAAUGUGUAAGGCAGGGAAGCUUUGAGAUGUGGAAUUUUACAGGGACUGCCAAUCCCAGAAGAGAUGAGAUGUUUCAAACUUGGAGGGAUUUGAAGGCCUUCAAGUGCUGGAAAAGAGACUGGAAGUGAAGAAUUCUCAGCCUUUAAGAGGGUGCUUAGCACUAUGCAAUACUGAGCCAUGAAUUGCAGUGCUAUACACAGCUGUUGUCCAGUGGUUUUAGUAUUUCCCCUAUCAACUGUCUGAAUAAUUCCAAAGGCCUGUGUAGAUACACAAGUACCUCAUAGCUUCUCUCUUGCCCUCGUGUUAGAGUCUGGAAAGGCCAUAGGGUAUAGUGCUCUCCACUUUCUAUUUAAGACUUUCUGGAACCAAAGAUUCACAACUGAGAAGGGCCAUUUCAGAUCUUCACUAUUGACUUAGAUAAAAUGAAGACCGUGAUGAUUCCUGCAUGGUCUUCUUUCAGAUGGAAUGUACUGAAAGCUCCAUGUGGCAUUCUUUUUUUGAAGAAAAGGAAGCCUUAUAUCCUUAACUAUAACUGUCCCUCCCUUGAUAUGUAACGUGGUAAGACAGAGAUGGUUGCUGCCCUUUACUACAGAGGGGACUGCAUUUAUUUAAUGCAUAGUAGCGUUAAGUAUGCAAGGAGUCUCUUGUGUAAAGUCUGUAUGUUUGGGUCCCUUCUCAGAGGAGAAUCACACUUGGAGGGCUCAGAGACUCAACUCUGCAGUGAAUAUAAACCACCAUGUGCCAGGCAGGAUGAAAGGUUUUAUAUAAAUUAUUGCUCUAAUACUACAUUUGUGGAAUCAGUUAUUUCCAAGCCAUAUACCUUUAAAGGCAGAACUCCUGUCUUAAGCAGAGGGCUAUGAGAGAGCUUGCAAAGUAUUUACAGCACACACAAAUAUUACAAAACUUAAUAUAAAAUAUGAUAGAUGGAAUCAUGAAGAUUUAGAUGUGAGUCCAAUAUCAAAUACUGCUGUCAGGUGGUACAGCCCCACUUGGUUGUUGGGGAAUCAGGCCUAUAUUUACCAGUGGUGAACCUGUUACCAGGACUUUGGGAUGAACCAGGGUGGGAAACUGAUGCCUACAAUUACAGGCAU